AUGGGUCCUUUUGUGAGUUCAUAUGGGAACCAGUACAUCCUUGGUGCUGUGGAUUAUGUUUCCAAAUGGGUUGAGGCUGUUGCUUCCCCAACCAAUGACUCUAAGGUGGUGGUCAAGCUUUUCAAAAGCAUCAUCUUCCCAAGGUUUGGGGUUCCUAGAGUAGUGAUAAGUGAUGGGGGUUCACAUUUGAAUAGUGGUCAAGUAGAAGUCUCUAAUAGACAAAUCAAGGCCAUUUCGGAGAGAAUAGUGAGCAACUCAAGGAAAGAUUGGAGCAAGAAGUUGGAUGAUGCUGCCUAUAGGACUGCUUUCAAGACACCUAUUGGCACAUCUCCCUUCAACCUUCUCUAUGGAAAGAGCUGCCACUUACCAGUAAAGCUUGAGUACAAGGCUCUCUGGGCUAUUAAGAUGUUGAACUUUGACAUUAGAACAGCUCAAGAGAAGAGGGUACUUCAGUUGCAUGAACUAGAGGAGAUAAGACUCAAUGCUUUUGAGAGUGCGAGGAUUUACAAAGAGAAGACCAAGAUAUUGCAUGAUCAGAAGAUUCUUAAGAGGGAGCUCAAGGUGGGAGACCUUGUUCUCUUGUUUAACUCUAGGCUCAAGCUCUUUCCUGGCAAGUUAAGGUCAAGAUGGUCAGGACCAUUCAGGGUAUAG